GUCCUACGCAUUUAUCCUUAUCUGGAUGCUCAAUGUCAAAGUCUUAAAUUAAGUCUUAAAUUGCCUGUGACUGAUACCAAAAAAACGAGUAUCUGUAGUCAAAGUACCGUGUAUGAAUUGCCCAUGACUUACAUCAGAAAAAUAAAUAUAUAUACAUGUGAUGUAUUUCCUCAGAAGACACACAGAAAGAGAUGGAGAAGAGCAUAUUUGUUGGCUCGAUCUUUUUCAGCUGCUUCAUUUUACUGCAAUUGCCUGGCUCGAUUGCAGCUCCAACAGAUGGUUUCACAGCACAAGAUUUCACCUUUGACAUUCAAAAACCAUACGAUAAAAGUGUAGAUCAACGCUACACCUUCAUCAAUGACGUCCACACCAUGUGGGUUUUCAGCAAUGAUAAACCCCACACACCCAGCAGCAAUACUAAGCCCCGUACGGAAAUGCGUUUCCGAGCCAAGGGCGGCGAUUAUACGUCAGGGGUUUGGCAAUUCGAGGGGGAUAUGUAUGUGCCGUCUGGAAGCACGGGCGUAGCGGCGAUGCAAGUCAUGGGCGGGGCUAAUGGAGUCUCUGCAGCUCUGCAAAUUAGGGUUUACGAUGGGGUGUUGAAAGAAUAUGGGUCUUCUCCUGCUACUUCAUUCGGACCUGCCAAUAUAUACGAUCGCUGGAUUCACCUUAACGUCAUUCAUGAUGCGGAUAAUAAGCACAUUCAAAUCUAUUUGGAUGGCAAACUCAGCUUUGAUGCUUCAAACCCUGGGACUGGAAGCCAUUAUUUUAAAUGCGGAGUUUAUACACAGAACAAUUCGAGCCAGAGAAUGGAGUCGCGGUGGAGGAAUAUUAAGAUCUGGAAGCGUAAUUAGCUUCUCUGUCUGCAAGUUUUUAUAAAUGGAUAAUGUAUUUGUGUUUCAAAUAAAAGAUUUGUGCCUCCUGAAAUCAAUCGACCCGAGUCACCUGCGACUUUGUU